UAUCGCCUCUCUUUUGAUGGUUUCUCAUCAAACCCACCGCUCCAUUUCUCAUCAAAACGCCCCCUCUUACUCUCUCACUCUCUUCAUCUCCAUUUGAAUUCUAUCCUGUGAGACACUCACUACCCACAUUUCUUGAUCGGGUUUUGGUGUUUCUCUAUCAAAAUGGCUUCUUUCACUGUCCCUUGCCCCAAUACCUCCGCCGUUUUUGUUGGUGCUUCGUCCCAGUCCCGCCACCAGCUUCCGCCGCAGACCUCUGUUUCUUUCCCCUCCGAUUCGAGAUCGGCACCCGCAUUGCUCUCUCGUCCUCAGGGUGGUUUUAAGGUGUCUGCACAGCUCAAUGAGGUUUCUGCUAUUGAGAAAUCUACAAAUUCACAUCUAGCCACUGAGGAAGAAGUUCCCAAGGCUAUGGCUGAUGCUACCUCCAUUUCAGCUUUCUUGUCUCAAGCAGCCAAUCUUGUGAAGCUUGUGGAUUCAAAGGACAUUGUAGAGGUGCAGUUAAAGCAAAUGGAAUGCGAAAUCCUUAUAAGGAAAAAGGAAGCGUUAUCCCCGAUGAACAUCACAGCAGCUCUAGUUUCUACAGCACAGCCCGCUUUUGUUCAGCCAAUGGUCCAGCCUCAAAUGCCACCUGGUCCUGCUCCUGCACCCCUUCCAGCUGCUCCUGCUCUUCCACCACCUGCGCCUGCAAAAGCAAAGUCAUCUCAUCCCCCGCUAAAAUGCCCCAUGGCUGGAACUUUUUACCGUUCCCCUGCCCCCGGUGCACCACCUUUUGUUAAGGUUGGAGACAAGAUUAAAAAGGGUCAGGUAGUUUGCAUCAUUGAGGCAAUGAAAUUGAUGAAUGAAAUUGAGGCUGAGCAGUCUGGGACAGUAGUCGAGAUAGUUGCUGAAGAUGGCAAGCCUGUCAGCGUAGACAUGCCUCUAUUUAUCAUUGAACCCUGAAGUACAGAUGCAUAGGUGGAACAGCAUGAGUUAAAGUAGUUUUUUUUUUUUUUUUGAAGAAGAGUUAAAGUAGUUUAGCUCUACCAUAAUAUUUAUAAAUUGAAUUAUUUAUAUUUUAGAAUAAUGCCAACUAUUGAUAUAUUUUUCUUGUGUUUA